AUGACUUUCUUCCUAGGCCACCCACCAGUUGUCUGCCUGGGCACCUCUUCCACAGCCAUUGGCUGGCCAGGCGAGGGCAUAGGCAUAAAGUGGGGGUACUGGAGGCAGGCCGGGCUCAGCUACAUCCGAUACUCCCAAAUCUGCUCCAAGGCAGUUAGAGAUGCACUGAAACCACAAUUUAAAGCAGAGCCAGAGAAAGUGGCAGGAGCCAAUGUAAAAAUAGUAAAACCUAAAAAGGAAUGAUACAGAA